GGGAUUACAUGCCUCCAGAAACUGGAUAUGGUUGGAUGGCCAAAGCACAAGCAAGGAAUUUAGCUUUAUUGGAGUUGUGCGUAGGAGAAUUUUCUGAUCACUGUUCAAAGCAGGAUUUUGCAGACCAAAUCAUUGCUAGGGAUCCAUUCCAACUGGGCUUUCUGGAUGUUGAGGCAUUACGUUUGGCACGGCUUCUUUUACAUUGGGAUCCGGUGCGUAGGAUCAGCGCCCGUGGUGCUUUGCAGCAUUCAUACUUCCAGCAGAAUGAAGCAAGAGCUUGCAGAGGAGAUUAGCUUGUCAGAUGUGUUACAAUAAAUUUACUUUUGUGAGUUUGGUUGGUUGUGUG